AUGCUGGGUGUUUCUUUAUUCACCUCUGCGCGUAACGUAGUGGACAUCUUCGACGCCAAACUCUCUGAAUACCCGGUCUAUUCUUUACAAGCUCCCUCAGAACCUUCCAAGCAGACUCGUCCCCCCGACAACCAAAAACCCAACCUCACAAAACACCAAAAGCCAACAAAACCCAUCAACCCACCCACCAUGUGCAAGUACAUCCUUCUCCCCGGCGUCCACGUACACGACUGGACCCCUACCAACCAACAAUAUGCCGGCGUCGGGGCCAGGUGCUCCCACGCGGUUGAAUACAAAAAGCGCCAGGAGGUCACCUACGACAGCAGAUUUUGUCAAUGCGAUACUGUCGUUGAACACGACCCGCAAGCGAAUGGCCGGUCCUCUGGGCUUGCCUCCGUAGGCAACGUGCAGGUUCCGUGUGCGACAUGCAGAAAGAAGGAGCCUUGGGCUAAGAACCACGGCACGACCCAGAACCCAAUUGAGGAUUAGGUUAAGUUGACCAUUCCUUCAAGGCUACAUGACCUCAUUGAUGGGGUU